AUGCCUGCUGUUGAUGUUUCCUCUCUCCCCGCCGUCUCCGGCAAGGAGACUGCCAGCUCCGUUGCCGUCGUCGAGAGCCUGAUCAAGAACUUGUCCAUUUCUAAGACCCCCGAUGAGGCCAACACCCACGCUAACAACCUUGCCUCUCUAUUGAACGGCCCCAUUGAGGAGAAUACCGUGCCUCUCAAGGCUGUCGAGUCACUCAAGAAGCAACUCGCCAACAAGAAAGAUGCCAAUGCUCGGGAGCGUGCCCUCGAGGCCAUCCGCGCUAUUGCCGAGCACUCUUCUGUUGCUCCCGGCGUUGAGCCUUACUUGGUCACUCUUUUGGGACCUACUCUGAAUGCCGUUGGUGACAAGAUGACCAACGUCAAGAACGUCGCCCAGGUGGCCGCCAUCUCUCUCGUCAAGUCCAUCAACCCUAACGCCACCAAGGCUGCUUUGCCUUCCAUCAUCGAAUCCAUUCUCUCCGCCCAAAAAUGGCCCGAGAAGAUGGCUGGUCUUCAGUGUAUUGAGGCCCUAGUCGAGACCGCUCCGGCCCAACUUGCUUUCCUUGUUCCCAGCCUCAUCCCCGUUGUCUCCGAGUCCAUGUGGGACACAAAGCCUGAGGUCAAGAAGGCUGCCUACGGCACUAUGGAGAAGAUUUGCGCCUUGAUUGUCAACAAGGAUAUUGAGCGUUUCAUUCCCGAGCUCAUCAAAUGUAUCUCGAAGCCCGAGAACGUCCCCGAGACUGUUCACUUGCUUGGUGCCACCACUUUCGUCACCGAUGUCCAUGAGCCUACCUUGGCUAUCAUGGUCCCACUUCUUGAACGUGGUCUUGCAGAGCGUGAGACUGCUAUCAAGCGUAAGUCCGCUGUCAUUGUUGACAACAUGUGCAAGCUUGUCGAGGACCCUCAGAUUGUCGCCGCCUUCUUGCCCAAGUUGAUGCCCGCUCUCAACAAGAACUUCGAGACUCUUGCCGACCCCGAGGCUCGUGAAAAGACCAAGCAGGCUCUUGAUACCUUGAUCCGUGUCGGUGAUGUCAAGGAUGGCAAGAUCCCCGAGGUCUCCCACGCAGGUGACGUCGCUACCGUCUCUGCUAUUCUCAAGGAGCUCCUUGAGCCCAAGUACAAGGCUCUGAUUGCCGUUUCCGAGGCUGCCAUCAACUACAUUGCUGCCAUUUCUGGCCAGCUCAUUGACGAGAAGGUCAUUGAAUCAGUCAUUUGGAUUGAGAACACCACUUCUUACUUGGCCGCUCUUGUCGGCGACGAGGAUGCCAAGUCCCUUGCUGAGAACCUUCGCAAGCGAGCUUCUCCUGCUGCUGCUGAGGAGGAAGAAGCUCUUCCUGACGAGGAGGAGGGCGAGGACCUUUGCAACUGUACUUUCAACUUGGCCUACGGUGCUAAGAUUCUUCUCAACCAGACCCACUUGCGUCUGAAGCGUGGUCAGCGUUACGGUCUUUUGGGACCCAACGGUUCCGGCAAGUCCACCCUCAUGCGUGCCAUCAACAACGAGCAAGUGGAGGGUUUCCCCAAGAAGAACGAGGUCAAGACUGUCUUCGUUGAGCACGACCUUGACUCUGCUGAUACCGAACAAACCGUCAUUGGCUGGACCGAAAAGAAGUUGCGCAGCGUCGGCGUCACCACUCCCCGCGAAGAGAUUGAAGCUAAGCUGGCUGAGUUCGGUUUCCUCAAGGAGCAAUUUGAAGGUCCUAUCACCGCUCUUUCUGGUGGUUGGAAGAUGAAGUUGGCUCUAGCCCGUGCUGUGUUCGAGGAUCCCGAUAUCCUCCUCCUUGACGAGCCCACCAACCACUUGGACGUCAAGAACGUUGCCUGGUUGGAGCAGUACCUCAUCAACUCUCCUUGCACAUCCAUUAUCGUCUCUCACGACAGCAAGUUCUUGGACAACGUUAUCCAGCACGUCAUCCACUACGAGCGAUUCAAGCUCCGCCGCUACCGUGGCAACUUGACCGAAUUCGUCAAGAAGGUUCCCUCUGCCCGCUCCUACCACGAGCUCAGUGCCUCGGACAUGGAGUUCAAGUUCCCCGAACCCGGUUUCCUCGAGGGUGUCAAGACCAAGGCCAAGGCCAUUGUCAAGGUCAGCAACAUGUCCUUCCAGUACCCAGGUACUCCCAAGCCCCAGAUCACAGACAUCACCUUCCAAGUCUCUCUCGGUUCCCGUAUUGCCGUCAUUGGUCCCAACGGUGCCGGAAAGUCGACUUUGGUCAACGUCUUGACCGGUGAGCUCAUCCCCACUAGUGGUGAGGUCUACCAGCACGAGAACAUCCGUAUUGCCUACAUCAAGCAGCACGCCUUCGCCCACAUUGAUAACCACCUUGACUCGACUCCUUCCGAGUACAUUCAGUGGCGUUUCCAGACUGGCGAGGACCGUGAGACUAUGGACCGUGCCAACAAGAUUGUUACCGAAGAGGAUGAGAAGGCUAUGGACAAGAUCUACAAGAUCGAAGGUACAUCUCGUCGUGUCAUUGGCAUCCACGCUCGUCGUAAGUUCAAGAACUCUUACGAAUACGAGUGUUCUUUCGCCAUCGGUGACAACAUCGGCAUGAAGAACGAGAAGUGGACUCCCAUGUCUACCCAGGACAACGCCUGGAUUCCUCGUACUGAAAUCCUGGCUUCCCACGCCAAGAUGGUUGCUGAGGUCGACCAAAAGGAGGCUCUUGCCAGCGGUCAGUUCCGUCCUCUGGUCCGUCGCGAGAUUGAGCAGCACUGUGCCAACUUCGGCUUGGAUGCUGAGCUUGUUUCUCACUCCCGCAUGCGCGGUUUGUCUGGUGGCCAGCGUGUUAAGGUUGUUCUUGCUGCCUGCUCAUGGCAACGCCCUCACUUGAUCGUUCUCGACGAGCCUACCAACUACCUUGACCGUGACUCCCUUGGUGCCUUGUCCAAGGCUAUCAAGACCUUCGAGGGUGGUGUUGUCAUCAUCACUCACUCCCGGGAGUUCACUGAGAACCUCACCGAGGAAGUCUGGGCUGUUAUGGACGGUAGAAUGACUCCUUCUGGGCAUAAUUGGGUGACCGGUCAGGGGUCAGGCCCCAGAUUGACAGACAAGAGCGAUCCAAAUGAGGUAAAGAAGGACGCACUCGGCAACGUCGUUGAAGAGGCUAAGAAAAAGCAAAAGCUUUCGUCGGCGGAACUCAGGAAGAAGCGGAAGGACAGGAUGGCUCGUCGCAAGAGAGGUGAAGAAGUGUUCUCGGAUGAAGAUGAGUGA